AUGGCCUCUAGGUUAAACCUACAACGAACUCGAGAAAUUCUUUUCACGAGUGACAAUGACAAUGCUGUUGUCGAUAAUGAUGCAUCGGAAUCUGACAGCGAUUUCGAGAUUUCUGCGAUCGAACCUGAUGACACAUCCACCGAUGAACAAAUUUCGAAAGAAGAUGAAUCGUCGGGCUCAGAUAUUGAUGGUGGUGCUCAUGAUGCCAUUGGUCAAAAUCCUCAACCGAAAUCAAUCGAGAAGGCUAGUGUGACAUGGUCUAGAGAUCAGACGUCAGCGCAAGGUCGUAUUCAUGCGGAAAACAUCAUGAAGAUUAGAGCGGGUUCCAUUACUGCUGUUGAAUCGAUUUUAUGUGCCUUCAGGCUAUUUUUUACCGAUGAGAUCUUUGAUGAAGUUGUACAACAAACCAAUCGGUAUGCUACAUUUUUUAUUGAUCAGCGAAAACAAACUCAAAAAGAUCAUGGAUAUAGUCAAACGAAAUCGCAUCAGUGGAAGCCCAUUGAUCUCAUUGAAUUAAAGGCUUUUCUCGGACUACUAAUCCAAGCUAGUGUUACCCAUAGAAAUCAUGAUUUGCUCAAUGAAUUAUGGGAUAUUAGUCAAAACUGCCCAAUAUUUCGAGCAUCCGUGUCUCUUCAACGGUUCAAGAUACUUUUGCAGUUUCUAAGAUUUGAUGAUCGGCGGCACCAUGACAAAUCUGAUCGUCUCGCCCCAAUCAGAUUUAUUUUCGAACGUUUUACGAAAGAAUUAUCUCGCCAUUUUGUGCCUGGUGAGAAUAUAAUCGUCGACGAACAACUGGUUCCUUUCCGUGGCCGCUGUGGUUUCGUACAAUCUAUGCCAAAGAAACCUGCCAAAUACGGCCUCAAAUUUUGGGCUAUAUGCGAAGUUGUUAGCCGAUUCAUUUUAGGACUCGAGUUGUAUACUGGAAAGAUCAACAAUAUUGUGCAGAAAAAUCUGGCUGCUAACGUAACUCUUCGAUUGGUAGACCAGUUACCGAAUAAUGUGAAACAAGGUCGCACUGUCACAUUGGAUCGUUAUUUUACCGGUAUUAAAUUAGCCGAAGCUCUUUUGCAUCGGAAAAUGACAUCAAUUGGUGUUGUUGAUCACAAACGUUCUUUCGUCCCAAAUGAUCUUGGUUCUAUUUCUCGGGACGAAACAUGCUCUUGUCCUACCAAGCCAAGGAAAAACAGAAGCCGAUUAUUCUAUUUCAACAACGCAUGUUAUUCCGGAGAUAAUGGACGAUGA